AUGCUUCUAUUCCGCGAGUUUCUGAAUUCAAAUCUAUGUUUGGUUUCUUCUUCUUCUGCUGCUACUGGUGGUGUUGGUUCUAGUGGUGCUAAUAAUAGUCCUUAUCAGUACUGCAUCAAGGAAGGUGGUUCCGCUUGCUGCUUCAACGGUAACUGUUGCGGUGGUGGUUCCAACAACGGCACGACGGAGGUUAUUGCUGAAGGUGUUGAGGAAGAAGAUCAGUCGUUAUUGGAGUUGUUCCCUAGAGAGUCUUCAGACUUUGGCCUGUUGGAAGAGAUAGUUCAACGCUUCUUGCCGAAAUCCAAAAUCGUUCCAAACAAGAAUUGCGACAGCUCUUUGAAGCUGAAACCCGAGGCCGCGGCAAUUUCGUUUCCUCAUCAUCAACAACAACAACAGGGCUAUGAUGAUAACAGCAGGAUGAUGAGGGGUUUCGAUUAG